AUGCGUGAUUGGGCCUCCAGUCGCAGUCCGAGGAGGGAGGGAAGAUCGGCCAAUUCCGAUCCGGCUCCGCAUGCCGUACUGUCGAAGCGGGUCUCCCGCUUGCCGUCGUCGUCGUCGUCCACCUGCGACAGCGAAAGCGACUCGGAGAGCUGCUACUCCAGCAGUGGCUCGAUGUCUUGCAGCACUUGCUUUUCGGUGACGUCGACCAGCUCUUCGGAGAGCGAGGUUGAGAGAACGAGGCGACCACGCCGACGCUCGCGCAAAUACAAGACGUUGAAGCGAUCCCACAGCAAAUCGAAAUAUCGUAGCGAUUCGCGUAGCUCCCGUAAGAAGGUCGCCUCAGCUGCCAUUGCGCCGGCUCCGGCUGCAGCACAAUUGCCGCCUUCGGCCCCAACCACGAUCGAGGCUGUGUUUGCCAUGUCCACAGUUGUGCCGAAUCCUGCGCCAGCGCCGGCGACCAAGCCGGCUAGUGCCUCAACGCAGGAUGCCAAAGCGAAUGGGGCUUGCUCGUUUACGCCGUGCACCAAACGGCGCCGGAGUCGCAGUGACCAUGGCUCCCGCUCGACGCCGUCGGGCAACGAGUCGAAGAGCAAGAGCAAGCAUUCGUCAAAGUCGCACGGGUCCAAGUCCAAGAAGUCGAGAUCAUGCUCGAAGCACUCGCUGGACAAGCACAAGAGCUCGGCCACUACCAAGUCGAAGACCAUCUCGAAGGAGGUAAACGGGGAGCAAAAGCGAAAGGAAAAGGACAGCAGCUGCUCGACGCCCUCACCGCUUAGAGGCAAGGACAAGCACACUUCGGGCAAGGCCAAGCUGAGCGAGACGACGGAGCAGGCCAAGCCGAAGGACAAGGAUGAGUUGAAGUUGGAGUGCAAGUCACAUGCGCGCAAGGAGGAGGCGAAGCUGAAGAAAGAGGAGGAGAAGAGGUCGUGCUCAGCUCAUCGGGAGAAGCGUCGCCAGGAGAUGGCGAGGGCGCGCAGUCACACCACUGAACUACGCGACUACCGCAGGAGUAGGCGUGAGGGCGGCCGCACCGUGGACUGGCGCUCUUCGUCGCGAAAAACGCCACGCCCUCGCGCACGCCGCUCGCCCUCCGAUCAGAGCUUGCGGUCUCGUUCCCGCCGCUCGCUCACGCGCCAGUCGACGCUGCCCAGAAGCUAUCGGCGUCGCAGCGCGAGGCGUACGCCCAGUCCGUGGAUGUCGCACGAUCGCGAUCCAAGAACCGUGCGCCUGCACAUCAGGGGCCUGACGCGCCAGGUGACCAAAAGCGAUAUCAUUGAGAUCUUUGGCAGCUUUGGCCAGCUGACCAAUGUUGAUUUUCCCAUAGAUCAUUACUAUUACAACGGCUGCACGCCCGCCGGGCGCGGCUACGCCUUUGUCGAAUACGCCAAUCCCGAGGACUGCAAGCGCGCCCGGAGGACCAUGGACGGCGGCAGGAUCGACGGCACUCACAUUGUCGUCUCUCCGUUCAAGGAGAAUAUGGUGCGUUUUCCCCGGCGUCGUCCUUCUCCACUGAAUGCCCGGGAUCGUUAUUGA